CCGCGCGGGCCGAGCAUGCACGUCGCGGAGGGGCAGCGCGCCCGGCGGCCCUGCAUCCGAGCCAGGCACGUGGCGGCCAUCUGCGCGGCCGUGGUGGCGGCGGGCCUGGUCGUGGGGCUGUCCGUGGGCCUGACCCGCUCGUGCGACUCCGGGCCGGGCACGGCCCCCGCGCCGUCGCAGCCGCCGCCCUCGCCGCCCUCCGCCGCGCCCUCGGCCCCUCCGGGCCCGGCCGCGGGCGCGUGCCCCGCCAGCGGGGAGGGCGGCGGGCAGUGGACGAGCUUCAGGCUGCCGGACUUCCUGAGCCCCGCGCACUACGACCUGGAGGUGCGGCCCGAGCUGGAGGCCGACCGCUACAGCGGCUCGGUGAGCGUCGCCCUGAACGUGAGCGCGCCCACGCGCCACCUGUGGCUGCACCUGCGCGAGACCCGCGUCACGCGGCUGCCGGCGCUGCGCGCGCCCUCGGGCCGCCAGGUGCCCGUGCGCCGGUGCUUCGAGUACCCGCAGCAGGAGUACCUGGUGGUCGAGGCCGAGGAAGAGCUUCCGCCCAGCGGCGACGACGGCCUCUACGUCCUGACCCUGGAGUUCGCCGGCUGGCUGAACGGCUCCCUCGUGGGCUUCUACAGAACCACGUACACGGAGAACGGCCAGACCAGGAGCAUAGCGGCUACUGAUCAUGAACCGACAGAUGCCCGGAAAUCCUUCCCCUGCUUCGAUGAGCCCAACAAGAAGGCAACUUAUACAAUAUCUAUCGUCCACCCCAAAGAAUAUGCAGCACUUUCAAAUAUGCCGGUGGCGAAAAGAGAGUCAGUGGAUGAUAAAUGGGAUCGAACAACUUUUGAGAAGUCUGUUCCCAUGAGCACCUACCUGGUGUGCUUUGCUGUCCAUCGGUUCCAGGCUGUAACGAGAAUGUCGAAUAGUGGAAAACCCCUCACUAUUUAUGUCCAGCCAGAACAAAAGCACACAGCUGAAUAUGCUGCAAACAUAACUAAACUUGCGUUUGAUUAUUUUGAAGAAUACUUUGCAAUGAACUAUUCUCUUCCUAAAUUAGAUAAAAUCGCCAUCCCGGAUUUUGGCACCGGCGCUAUGGAGAACUGGGGACUCAUCACUUACAGAGAAACAAACCUGCUCUACGACCCUAACGAGUCAGCCUCCUCAAACCGACAGAGGGUGGCCACUGUGGUCGCCCACGAGCUUGUGCAUCAGUGGUUUGGAAAUACUGUGACCAUGGACUGGUGGGACGACUUGUGGCUCAAUGAAGGAUUUGCGUCUUUCUUCGAGUUCCUUGGAGUAAACCACGCAGAAAAAGACUGGAAAAUGCGUGACCAGAUGUUACAUGAAGAUGUAUUAUCUGUACAAGAAGAUGAUUCUUUAAUGUCUUCACAUCCAAUCAUUGUCACGGUGACAACCCCUGCCGAAAUCACGUCUGUUUUUGAUGGAAUAUCCUAUAGCAAGGGAGCUUCCAUUUUGAGAAUGCUUGAAGACUGGUUAACACCUGAGAAAUUUCAGAAAGGAUGUCAGAUAUACCUGGAAAAAUACAAAUUCAAGAAUGCAAAAACUUCAGAUUUUUGGGAAGCACUGGAACAGGCAAGUAAUCUACCAGUGCGAGAAGUCAUGGACACCUGGACCAGACAGAUGGGUUAUCCAGUGCUCGACGUGAAAGACACUGGGAACAUUGUACAGAAACGCUUUCUGUUGGACUCAAGAGCCGAUCCUUCCCAGCCACCUUCAGCUCUUGGUUACACAUGGAAUAUUCCAGUUAAAUGGACUGAAGAUGGUAUAUCAAGUAUUACACUCUACAAUAGGUCAGAAAAAGGAGGAAUCACUUUGAACUCUUCUAAUCCUAGUGGAAAUGCUUUUCUCAAAAUAAACCCAGAUCAUAUUGGGUUUUAUCGUGUAAAUUAUGAAGAACUAAUUUGGAACCAGAUAGCCAAAAAUCUUUCCUUGAACCACAAGGACUUUUCUUCUGCUGAUCGUGCAAGUCUUAUUGAUGAUGCUUUUGCCUUGGCGAGAGCUCAACUGCUAGAUUAUAGGGUGGCUCUGAACUUGACCAAGUAUCUGGAAAGGGAAGAGGAUCUUUUACCGUGGCAGAGAGUCAUUUCGGCUAUCAGCUACAUCAUUAGCAUGUUUGAAGAUGAUAAAGAGCUAUACCCUGUGAUGGAGGAAUACUUCCAAGGUCUGGUGAAGCCCAUUGCAGAUUCUCUGAAAUGGACCGAUACUGGAGACCAUCUCACAAAGUUACUCCGUGCCUCCGUGCUAGGGCUCGCAUGCAAGAUGGGAGACAGAGAAGCCUUGAACAACGCUUCUCAGUUAUUUGAGCAGUGGCUAAGCGGGACUGUAAGUCUUCCUGUAAAUCUCAGGCUUCUGGUGUAUCGGUACGGGAUGCAGAACUCUGGCAAUGAGACUUCAUGGAACUACACUCUUGAGCAAUACCAAAAAACUCCAUUAGCUCAAGAAAAAGAAAAACUGCUCUAUGGAUUAGCAUCAGUGAAGAGUGUUCCUCUUUUGUCAAGGUAUUUGGAUUUGCUCAAGGACACAAGCCUUAUUAAAACUCAGGAUGUGUUUACAGUCAUCCGCUAUAUCUCAUAUAACAGCUAUGGGAAACAAAUGGCCUGGAAUUGGAUACAACUCAACUGGGACUAUCUAGUCAACAGAUACACACUCAAUGACAGAAACCUUGGCCGGAUUGUCACAAUAGCAGAGCCAUUCAACACUGAACUACAGCUCUGGCAGAUGGAGAGCUUUUUCGCAAAAUAUCCAGAAGCCGGAGCAGGAGAAACACCCAGGGAGCAAGUGUUGGAAACUGUGAAAAACAAUAUCGAGUGGCUAAAACAAAAUAGAGAUGCCAUAAGAGAAUGGUUUUUUGAUUUACCUAAGAAUGGCUAAUGUGUUCAAAUGUUAUAGUUUCAUUUUGUCAAUCUGUUGUUUCUCCUAUUAAGCAUUUGGUGACCUAAUUUGCAAGCGCUAUGGAGGAGGCCUUAUGAACAGACUUUGCUAAGCACUGUGUUGAUAAUGCCUUGGAAAGCUUUUAAACGGUUCCUUUUUGUUUAUGAAGGAACAUACUAAUAGAGUAUUUAAUAUACUCGGGGAUUUCUUCUAAGUGUGCUUCAUAGGAGAUUCUUUACAAACUGAAGAGAAUUUAAUAGUCAUUUUAAUGUCUUUAAAUAUCAUUCUUUGUAUCUUAAAUCUGUGAAAAUAGAACAAUUUCGUCUUAGCUUUACAUUUUUAGUACCAAAGAAAUACCACUUAAUCUUCUCUCUUGAUUGAUUUUUAAACUUUAAAUACCAGUACUUGAGAGACCAAUAUUACCAUUUUAAUCUUUAUUUUAUUAUUCAGAAUUACAUAGACCUAAUAUCAUUUUAUUCACAAAUGUCUUACGACUUCAAAUCCUACCAGAGUAACCUGGGCUUAAGUUUUACUCAAGGAUUGCAUGAAUUAGCCAAAGAAACGGCUGUUGCCUUUGCUCUUAUAAAAUCAACAAGAGAACUCUCCACUCCUUUUAAAAAUAAAUAUAAAUGAUUACGUUGAAAAAAAUAUUGUUUUCCAGUGUCACUUUACUCUAGAAUAAAAAUGACUGCAGUGUUCCUCAAAUAAUUCAGCACAUCACAAUGGUGAUUCAAGAAUCUGGUCUUUUCAUGCUUGCUAGUCUCUCAUUCAUCAUUCCUUACAAAGCUCCUUCAAAUGUGCUAUGAAAUUACAGGGAACAGAGUGCUUAACUCUGCUCCAUAGAUUUCAGAGGAAAAAAGCUAAAUAAUUGGAAACAGUUCAGGAAAGAAGGAAGGCAGAUUAUUCCAUAAAACUAAAUGGAAUUAGAAUUUAGCAUUGAGUUCACCUAGCAAUCACAGUGUGAAAAUGGGGAAAACACAGACAUCCCCAGCAUGAUUCUACAUAUCUGAGGAUGUAUCUUAUAGAUAAAUUUUAUGUAUAAACCCCUUAGAUCCUAAUCCAUAUAGAAAAGCACUGAUCAAAUUUAUAUGCAUGACUUGAUUAACAACUUCAAUUUCAUAAAAGCUGAUGACAAGAGUAUGUUUAAUACGGCAUUUGAUGCCUAAUAGAUCCACAAUAUAAUUCCAACAGGCAGAAAAGAUGGUAAAUUAUUAUGUUUCAACCUGCUAUAUCUGGAAAAUCUAAAUUUAUUUGGAACUUUCAGAAAUAUAAAUUCAUCUAGGAUUGGCUUGAUGAGAAUAAAAGCAUAUGGGAACAAUUGAAACCUUAGCUUAGACUUUAUUUACGCAAUUAUGUGCUGAAUCAUGUACUCUGAAACUUUAUAUACUUUCCUAUUGUUGUUUCUUAAUUAUCACUUCUCAACCCAUACAGCUCAGUCAAUAAAUUCCAAUGUUUGGGGAGAAAAAGAUAUAAAAGAAAAAAUUGCUAGACAAAAAUAUGUAAAAUAUUAUUUUAAAUUAUUUCUGAAACAAAAACAUAUUGACAUAAUAAAUCAUCCGGAAAAACCCCACUAUCCUCACAGAGAUUAACAUCCUAACUUCAAAUUCUGACCCAAAUCAGAACUAGCACUUGAAGUCUAUGUAUUGUUUCAAGUGGACGCAUAAGAAGUAAGUUGGUUUCUCCUUCUAUUUUAUGAAAUAAAUACAUCUCUAAAGGAAAAGUAUACGUUUGAGGGGAUGGUAAAUAAAACAGAUUUUAACUUGCCU